AUGCCACCAACCCGGUCAAGCCGCCAGUCUACUCGCCGUUCUCGGGCACCUCCUGAGGUGAUAGAUAUCAGUGACGAGGAUGAUGAGCGACAGCCGAAGCCAGUUCGCCGCCGCCAUUCUGGAAGGCGAAAGCCCAUCUUCAUCGACCUCUGCGAGCUCGACGACGACGACGACGACGACAAUCGCACGAAAUUCCGGCAUGCGUUACUGCGCGGAAAGAAGCCUGAUGACGACGACGAUGUCGAUGAUGGAUUACCGUUUCCCGAAAUCACUUUUCAACUACCGCCACCACCUACCUACGAACAAGUCCUUGCCGAGGUAGAACCCGGGAUGCGUGCUUUGGGAGCCCCUGACUGGGCUGUCGACAUGGCUGCCGAACUCAUGUUCAGUGUCGAGUAUGAGCUCGACUAUCAGACUCUCUUGCAACUAGACGAGGUUGUCGAGACGAGUACCGCGAAUAUAACCCAUUUCAUGGGUACGGUUAAUAGGGCACGCGGCAACGGAGAGAAAACACGAUAUGAGUUAUGUACAUUCAAGAACGGUAUGUACCCGUGCAGAGAACCGUACAACCUACGAUCCAUAUUCACGGUCCGCGAUCUGGAAUUCUUGACGAUGCGGGAUCUUCGAUGGUAUAUCUUAGGGUAUUUAGGGUCCGACUACGCCGUACCGGAGACCCGUGGGGAGCGCGUGAGACUCCUCAAGGGAAUUAUCGGCAUAGUCGUGUAG